AUGAAGAUGUUUUUAAAUUUACCCAAAGAAGUUCUAGCAUUGAUCGUUAAGUAUAUUGAUGAUAAGAUAAAAAUUUUAGAGUUAGUUGCAAUCCCUCCUCUACGGGAAAUAGCUUUGAAAGAAAGAUUCUCAACAUAUCAUAUUGUUUCAAAUUGUGAUGGAGAUGGAAGAGGAGAUGGAGAAGGAGAUGGAGAAGGAGAUGGAGAAGGAGAUGGAGAAGGAGAUGGAGAAGGAGAUGGAGAAGGAGAUGGAGAAGGAGAUGGAGAAGGAGAUGGAGGUAUUGAAGGUUUAGAAUCACUUUAUCGUUUAUUUAAAUUCAAACCUUCCAGAAUCAUUGGUGAAAUUACUGAUAUUCAUAAGAUACUCAAUAUUGAAAUGUCUGGAAUAAAAAUUGAUGACCAUAAAUGUAAACAUCUAGAAGUAACAGAUGCUGUUGAUUAUACCACGAGUAAAUUUGAAGUUUUGUUAACUCAAUCAAGUACACAAAAAUGA